CUCCAGCACAAAGCUCCUGUUUCUCUUGUUCUGUGUGAGCCAGCACUGUAUGCCAUGGAUUGGUCCAAUCGACCCUGUGUGAGGUGUGGGAGCCCAGAGCCAGGAAAAGAUGACAGCACUUUGCUGCAAAUGGCUGCUGAACAGGGGCACGUCCAUUGCUUACAGUGGUUACUUGAAAGGGGAGCUGACUGUUACAUUACAGAUGAUGCUGGAGAGACUCCAAAGGAUGUGGCCAAGAGAUUUGCCCAGCUGGCAGCUGUAGAACUUUUGACACGAAGAACUGGAGACAGUAACUCCAGUGAUGAAGAGCUAGAUGCAAACAAUGCAAAAUUUUUUGAAAGACAUGGUGUGGAAGGGAGUACGGAUAGCAAAGAAGAUUUAAUCCUGAGCAAAGCAGAGAAAAGGAACGCACGCAUAAGGGCCUAUCGCAAGAUUCAAGAACUUCAGCAUCUUCUAGAAAUUGCCUACGGCAACUACAGACAACUGGGAGGAAUAACGGAGGAGGAGAAGAAGAUGAAAAAAGAACAAAGGGAUGUUGAGAAGGCUGUGAAGGAGCUGGAGGCUCAGCUGGAAUUCGAGCGAGUCAGGCGGGAGAAGCUGGAGAGCCAGCUGGAUGACUACCGUGCUGAGAUAAGCCACCUGAGAGAGAGACUGGAGGAAACCUGCAAGCCACCUGCAGCCCUGAAAACUGAAACUAUCUCCAAUCCUCACAAAGAGAAAAAGAAAGUAAAGAAGAAACCAGCCUGCAACUCUGGCAGAGUGUUUGUUUGUGAGACCGCGCUGAGGACUGAACAUCAGACAAGGGGCUGGAAGACCUGAGGAGGUAGUGGCAAUAUUUUACACCGUGCAAAGUGUUUGCGAAGCCCAGUUCCACAGAUGUGCUGUGGUUCACUGAAUUUCAUUGAACUACUCUCCUAGUUUUCUGGCAUAGAAUAUACUGUUAGAUCACUGCAGCAGCAUAAAAAACAAACCAAAACAACAAAAAUAAAAAAAAAAUAAAAUAAUAAAAAAACCCUACACUGUCAGACUUC